AUGGUUUAUGCUAAGAGCCGGACCCUGAAGAAGCACUUCGAAGGCAGCGCCCCUCGUGGUAACUUGGAGUUGAAGACAGUUGAACUCCCACCCUUCAACAAUGGAGAGGUCCUGCUGCAAGCUUUGCUCCUCGCUGGGGAUCCUUACCUGGGAGUGGCAGUCAAACGACUGAAGGAGGGUGAUGCGAUGAUGCGGCAGCAAGUGGUCAGAACUGUGGAAAGUAAAAACUCAGCCUUCCCAACAGGAACUAUGGUAGUGGCUUCUUCAGGCUGGACAACUCACUCCAUUUCUGAUGGGAAAGAUCUGGAAAAACUGCCUGCAGAGUGGCCAGACAUUUUAACCACAAAACAGUAG